AUGGUGCGCAAUAUCGUCGUGCUUGGAGGGAGUUCCCACCCGCAGCUCACCGAGACCAUCUGCAACCACCUCGGCAUUCCGCCGGCGAAGCGCCUGCUGAGCAAGUUUGCCGUUGGCGAGACGCGAGUCGAGGUCCAGGAGUCGGUGCGUGGCAAAGAUGUCUUUAUCAUCCAGUCCGGUGGCGGAAAAGUCAACGACCACCUGAUGGAGCUUCUGAUCACCGUCUCUGCGUGCCGCACAGCCUCAGCCAAGCGCAUCACCGCCGUGCUUCCGCUCUUCCCGUACUCGCGCCAGAGCGAUAUCCCGUACAACAAGGCUGGCGCCCCGCUGGCGAAGGGCCCAGGUGGCCAGCUCAGUCGUGCCGGCACCUACACCUUCGACAGCCGCCCGCAGACGCCCUAUCCCGGCCAGCAGGAGAGUAUGGGCCUGAGCUCUGUUGGCGCUGACAGCCUUCACAACCAGCUCAAUCGUCUGCGGACCGACGACCGACGCAACGGGGCCUCGACUCCCAACAGCCCGGCCAAGCAGAGCAACCCUGAUGGGACCCGGCCUCGUCGUAGCGAUACCCUCGACUCAACCAAGUCGGACAGGAACGGAUACACUACGCCGACCUCGAACCCAGCUGGAGUUAACGGUGUCAAUGGUGUCAACGGAACAACCAAAGCUACCACCAAGCCCCCCCAGUUCCAGCCUCAGCCUGGCUACAAGCAAUGGGUCGCCCAAGCUGGCACUCUCGUCGCAGACCUCCUGACUUGUGCUGGAACCGACCACGUGAUCACUAUGGAUCUGCAUGACCCGCAAUACCAGGGUUUCUUCGAUAUCCCCGUCGACAACCUCUAUGGCCGCCACCUGCUCCGGAAGUACAUCCAAUACAGCAUCCCCAACUACCAGCAAGCGGUCAUCGUGAGUCCGGAUGCCGGAGGAGCGAAGAGGGCCACAGCAAUUGCCGACGCCCUCGGAAUGCCUUUCGCGCUGAUCCACAAGGAGCGUCGCCCAACGCAGAUCUCUGAUCGGCAGAAUGCUACUAUGAUGCUUGUUGGCAAUGUCGCGGAUCGAACCGCCAUCUUGAUCGAUGAUCUGGCAGAUACCUCGAAUACCAUCACUCGUGCUGCGAAGCUGCUGAAGAAAGAGCGCGCGACCAAAGUGUAUGCGCUGGUGACGCAUGGUAUUCUGAGUGGAGAUGCUAUUGAUCGGAUAAAUGCGAGCGCCCUGGAUAAGGUGGUUGUGACGAAUAGUGUCGAUCAAGCUGAUCAUUUGAAAAGGUGCCCGAAGUUGGAGGUGCUGGAGGUUGGGAAUGUGUUCGCCGAGGCCAUCAGAAGAGUCCACCACGGAGAGAGUAUCAGCGUCCUAUUCGACUACAACUAA